GCUGCUUGCCGUGUUGUUGUUCUGCCUGCUGCGGGUGAUCAAAACAGUUCAAAACAUUGGGUCAGCCUGUUAGAUAAUUCGUAGUUUCCAGUGAAAAAUGAGUCUUUUCCUGAGAAAAAUUGGAACCAGUGUCUUGAAUGCCCGCACCAGUUACGUUCUUACGCGGUCGCUCUGUGCCGCCACUUUGGAUGCCAAGGAAGUUGACAAACUCGUGCACAACAACAAGGUCGUAGUGUUCAUGAAGGGAAAUCCGGACGCACCCCGAUGUGGUUUUAGCAAUGCUGUGGUUCAGAUCCUGCGAAUGCAUGCAGUAAACUACGAUAGCCAUGACGUUCUACAGAGUGAAGCCUUACGGCAGGCCAUCAAAGACUAUUCCAAUUGGCCAACAAUUCCACAGAUAUUUAUCAAUGGAGAAUUUGUAGGCGGGUGCGAUAUUAUGCUACAAAUGCAUCAAAAUGGAGAACUUGUCGAUGAGCUGAAGAAAGCAGGCAUAACUAGUGCUCUGGUGGAUGCGGCCGGCGCAGAAGAGAAAAAAUAGGAAACUAGAUUAUAGAUGAAUAAACAAUAAAUGUAAUAUGGAAACUUUUAUUUUACCUUUGAUGCAAUAAACUUUAAUAGACCUUCUGAUCAAA